AUUUGAAAGCGAGAUCAUACAACCAUGCACGUGCUACUCGGCGAUCCUCGCUUGAUGGGUCCGAGAGCAACGGUUUAACUGAGAGAGAAAGAGGGUAUAUUUUCACUUUGUUACUCUGGUAGGGUUUGCAGUUUAGCGCACCGUUGCGAUCCCCUUUCCCCUUGAGCGGCUGGAUUCUCGCGGUGCAUGCUGGGACCUGCAGUCAUCGCUCCUCCCUUCUCAGAGGGAACGCGGUCAGGGCGUGGAUGUCGGAGCACUACAACUCCCACACAAGCUCGGCUCCAUCUGCCUCUCUGUCUCUCCCACCAGACCAGAGACAGAGAGAUACGGUACGAACCCCCCCCCCGGACUUUCAGAACCGAAAAUCGUCGAGAUUAGUGAACUGCGAGCAACAAGAACGGGAGACUGGAUUAAAGCCGUUAUCUUGAUGCGCGAACAUCUCCCAAAUGUCGGUCAAACGGGUUGGUGCACGUUUGUACAAUCUGACAUCGUUAUUUGGCUCGCUAAUUGCCUUCUGGAAUUAUUCAGGGUUGUAUAUAAACGAAGGACUCGGUUCUGGGGAUGUGGCAUGUCAUAACAGUUUGAUUGUGAGAGCUGCUCCGCUAUGGAAACAUUCCGUGUCGUACGGUAGCAGAGUAAUGCAAACCGAGUUGUUGGAGGGGAGACUUCGCUGCGCAGGGAUCUGAAAAUCGCUCCUCCAGUUUCGUACACCUUGCUCCGUACGAAAUAGCGCUCUCCCCGCGUGUCACGCAGCACGAGAGGCGAUAAUAACAAGGAGCGUAUGGAAAACUCGGCAACCCUAUUAGUUUCCAAACACUCCUCGAGGGCAGCGUGGAGAGAGAGACAGCCAAAGUACGUUGUUUCCUCGCGAAGCAGAUCUCAUCCAACCUAAAUGUGCGCGUGACAUUUCUCUGCCCGUGUAUUUUGUCUCGAGUUCUAAUUCAGACGUCAUAGCUCGGCUCGCGCUUAGCGAAAAACCAACGGUCACUUUAUAGUUUGACAGGAUUCGGCCAGUACGAACGCGUCGGUUAGUUUGACUACGUUGUGUCCACACUGACCGUUUAGGCUUUCAGUUCUUUCUCCGAGAGAAAAACGUCUGUUCCGGAUAAUGCCCGAUCGCGGGACCUACAUUUGGUUGUUUUUGUGUGUGAACAUCGGCGAUAUUUAUCCCUGACUCACAUUUCAUUUCGAGGCGUUUCGAGAGUAUCUUGUAUUGUGUGAUACGGUUUUUUAGUAGCUCCAGCUAGAACGAGCAAGUGGGUUGGUCAGAGAAAUAAACAUUUUGCGCUGUUUUUGGACGAUGCUCUACCCUAAUAUUAAGCAUACUGUGGAUACGUGACAUUGGCUGGUCAUCGACUUCUUUUUUCAUCACCCUUUGUGCAGAUAUGAGCUCAGGGCUUCGGAGCUUCGACAGACUGACCGGGAGACCGCGGGAGUGCUGAUCUCCAGUCUAAAGAAGAGAGACGAUACUUAUUUCCUCGUCUCCGUUUAUCAUUGAGCUGGUUACCCCAAUCAAACGAAAGAGGGCUGAAGAAAAACACGGGGUCCCACUCCUACUGAUCCUGCGUUUUCAAUAAUUGAGAUGCCUCAAGAUGAAAAAUGUCUGCACGAAAAUGAUCGGUUCUAUCUUUAGCAGCAGAUGUAAUCACGCAUAUAACACAUCAUAAACUUUCUAAUCUUCAGACUUUCGCUAAAGGCCUGUACGGCUCGGUUAUGCUAGACAGGUACUUUAAGUGUUCCGACAUCAGUUGAAUCACAUUUGAAGUCCGAAAGAUGAGCUGUUCGUAGUUUAAACAGCUGUCAUCUGUAUCGACAACAUGGAGCUGCUGCGCUCACCUGCAUUCUGAUGCGAAACACAGCUAUAUAUUAUCUAUUUCUACUACAGAAUUGUACACUACCCAAAGGAGAAUCCCAUAAAAAAUCACUUGUCCACACACACUGAGUAAUGUGUUGAGAAAACGCUUAUGCAGGUGGAUCCCUCACCAAUGAAUGUAGGGGAUGGAGGGACGGUGAGCAGAGAGAGCGGUGCCCCUACCCAGGUGUCUGAGAGCAUGGUGGGGAAUCCACAGCAGACACUGCCUCUUGAACUUAGAGGUGACAUACCUCAAAGUCAGCAGAACAAGCUGAGGGUGACCACAGACUGCAAAACGCCAGACGUUUGCUCAGAAGCCAGCAAUUCAAAUCAUUGCCCCCCAGUUCCCCCCUCCCAACCUCUCAGCAAUGUGUUCAGCACUGAUCUCAUGAGCACACUAUUGCCCGAUCGGACUGAGGUUCCCAAAAGCAAGACUGACGGUGCUGGCAUCUACUCCAAUCACCAGUGGCCUUGUGGUAAAAAGGUCACAGCAGAGGACCCUGUGAACUCUGUUCACUCUAGUAUAAACCUAAACAGGAAAACUAAUGCACCAGCACUAGCCCAGCCUGUAAUAAGUGUUCCUCUGGGUUUCCAGUGCUCCACAUUGUUUAAACCUGGGCAGCCUGUUGCUUUCCUUCCCCCCUCCAAUAUUUCUUCUCCUCUCUGUAAGAUCACAUUGCCACCAGGGUUAGGUCAGAUUGCAGCACUGAGAGAAGCCACUGCUAGCCAGUUUCAAAAAGACUGCACAGCACGAAGCUCUUGUUCAAGUGCGACACCUAUGAUCAAAACAUACCCGUAUAAUUUUUCCAUGGGGAGAGGACCUGGUGCUGAUAAGAAGCCUCAGUCUUCAGGAUCCAAAAUCAGGUGUGACUCUUUGUCUAAGGGCUUUCAAGGUGGGGCUGAACAUAAAGCCACAAUGUCUUCUGUAGCAGCCCCAGCUCUAGCCCUUCCAGUACAGCAAGCCAAGCAGGGCUCGGCUCCACCGUCCCGAUACACCAUCUCUCCCAAUGCUGCCAUCUGCUGCAGCCCGGCUCUGGCAAAUAUAACCACUCAAAAUAGGCUGCUAAGCCUUGUAGAAAGAGGUUCAACAUACCGAGGUCCCGAAAAAACCUUGUUGACGUAUCUAAAACCAAAAAUUCUGUCCACUCCAGAGGAACACAGUGUUACCUGCCCCGUUGAGUCCAGGGACGUGCCCCUUGAUCUGUCUGCAAAGUCCAAGCGACAAAAAAUUAUUAAAGAUGCUCAGAAUACCCCAUUAGUGGCCACCGAACAUCAUUCUGCUGAGUCUCAUCAGAAAAAUGUUGCUGGUUCAAAAAAGGUUCAUUCUGGAUCAUCCAGUACAUAUGACACCCAAAGAAAUGGUGCAACUCAGAAAUCAUCUUCAAAACUUACUAAUCACCAUACUUUGGAACCCAACACAUCCUGGGCCAAAGGCUCAUCUCCUAGUUCCUUGAAUAAUCUCCCUGGUACAUAUGUAGGAGUAGCAAGCCCAAUUCUAGCAUCUACUUUACGCAGCAAAGAUGGAAAAAGUGCUGCUUUUGUUGAGGAUCUUCAGACAUUUGCCAAACAGGAAACCAUCUCCAUCAUUGACCAAGGAGAGCAGCCGGUCUGUAGAGAGAGGCAAGUGCCAUUUGCUGUUAAAGGUGCCCAGCAUAAUAAAGGUGGAAAGCUCUCGACAGGUACUCAACAAAGUGUUUUAUCCUCCCAAUUAUGUGCUACAUCAAAUUCACAGCUCCACCAGAAAUCUGUUGGUGGAAAGGGAGGCUCCCUGUUUACACCUCCAUUUAAAUCCAUGUGGCAACCACCCUGUGUUCUUUCCCAAGGAACAUUCCUGCAAAAGAGACCAAGUCUGACUCAAGCCCCAAAGACGAAGAGCACCCUUAGUUGUGAGAGUGCCCUGUUCCAUAACUCCCACUUAAGUCCAACUAAAGUAGUGGAUGAAAAGUGGGAGAAGGCCAAAUCCCCCCUGUCUAACCUGGAGUCGAUAGUGAAGCAGAAAACUCUCGAGACCACUGCACUUACUGGUGAGAACUACUGUAAUCUGUCUUCUGUGGGAUCCAAGAAGCCUGAGGUAGCCAGCAUGCAGAACAGGUGUCAGGAGUCCACGUUGCAGCAGACACUUACCACUUGUUCUUCCCAGUUCAGGGCCAUAGAAGGACAGGCCAUCAAGUCAGAUAGAACCUCUCCACAAACGGAUCUAGCAGCUCUAAGCAGACCGGAGAUCACAGUCAUUUCUGUGCCCAAGGAUAAGGGACGAGAGAAACAGGCAAAACAGACAGAAAAUCUAGCAUCUGAUGGUAGACAAAAAAUUAAAUCUGGUACCCCUAGUAAAAGGAGUGCUCCCAGUGUUAAAGGAGAAUGGAAGGAAAGGAAACUGGCUCAGAAGAUAGAGGAUGAGAUGGCAAAAGAGGAGAAGGCAUCAGAGAGAAAGUUUUCUACUCACGUUAAGGUUGAAGGGAUAGCCUUAUCCCUCCUUCAGAGCCAGACCAAAGAAGCAGAAGGAGAGGCAAAAAUGAAUGGAGCCAAAGAGGAGAUACCUUCCAAAGGAAAAGUAUCCGCCACCAAACAGAAGAACCUGAAAAAAACUGCCAAGGAGAAGACACCUUAUGAAGUGCAAAAAAAGCCUAUGAAAGUAACUAAGAAGCAAAAAGACAAAGACAGUCAGUCAGUCAAGCAAGGCCCCGUCCAUAAAAAGAAAAAAGAUGCAUUGCCUGGAGUGGGAAAUAGUGUGCUGAAAGAAACAAGUUCAGCCCCUAAAGUAGGGGGAAAGACUCGCAAAGGGAAGAACUGUCCAGCUAAUAUGGAGCACUCCGACUCAAACAAAAUAGUCACAGAUUUAGACAACAGUCCAUGCAAAAGUUCUCAGGUUGACAGAGAUUCAGGUUCUCUCAGCAGCCCGAGCUGGCCUAGUAAGGAAUCAGACUCCCAGGAGGAGGCCUCUCCGCGGCUGAGACGAGGGCGCAGACGGACUGAUGAAGCGUUGCUCCGAGACUGGAGCUUCGCUACUCCACCUACUCCUCCCCCUCUCGAUCCCCCCUCUACACCACCCCCUGUACCAGUCCGCCGGCCCCGCGGCAGGCCUCGAAUCAAUCCUCUGCCUGAGGACGUGGAUGCGGAUAAGGAUAGGCCCACUGAGAGUGGAGACACCUCUGCAAUAAAGAAAAGGAAACGCUGCAAGAAUCGUAAAUAUCAGAAUGGGGAAUACAUCACAGAGAAAGAGAAGGUGGCAGAUGGAGAGGAGGAGAAGCUGGAUGUGGAAGACAGUGAGGCCACUAAUGAGAAGAUGGGUGUGUACCCUUGUCUCAGUGCCACUCUGACUGGCGGAGUGUCCAGUUCAGACAUCAGCCCUAGGCGGACCCUGUUCACACGUUCGGGCUCAGCACGACCUCAAGAGAGUCCACCCACCGCACAGCCUAACGACAAACCCUCAGGGAAGAGGAAGUUCAAAAGUAAACACUUAAGUGACACCGAUGACCAGAAAAAGCUCAAGACUAAGAAAGGCAGCUUGGGUAAACGCACAGGGCCCCUCAUGUCAGGUGAGGAUGGUCCAGUUGCCAAGAAAACCCCAACUACUCCUUAUGCUUUUCCCAAGCAGCAGUCAAACUCACCACUGUCUGGUAAAAAAGGAACAGCUGGGAAAUCAGGAAUCCCUGAAUCUACUCCAAGCCGUCCAGUGCCUCCAGAAGUCCGUCGACUGAUUGUGAAUAAAAAUGCAGGAGAGACGCUGUUACAGAGAGCUGCUAGAUUAGGUUACCAGGAUGUGGUUUUAUAUUGCUUGGAAAAGGAUGUGAGAGAGGUCAACCGUCGUGACAACGCGGGUUACACGGCACUACAUGAGGCCUGUGCACGUGGCUGGACGCACAUCAUACAGGUGCUGCUGAAGCAUGGAGCAGAUGUUAAUUGCAGUGCACAGGAUGGAACGCGCCCAAUUCAUGAUGCAGUAGCAGCUGAUAAUCUGGCUGCCGUCUGGAUGUUGUUAAAUCAUGGGGCAGAUCCCACACUGGCAACCUACUCUGGUCAGACCGCAAUUAAACUAGCCCAAAGUCCCGGGAUGAAAACUUUUCUCAAAGAGUAUUUCACUGAUUUAGAGGGACGAACAGAACAAGAUCCUAGUCUUCAGUGGGAUUUCUACAGUAGCUCUGUAUUUGAGACAGAACAGGAACCUUGUUGGGACUUCCUGUUGUCUCAGCCCGAGGAAGAAUCCGGGGACAAUUUCAGUGAGCAGCUGAAGGAGAGAGACACCGAUACAGACUGUCUUCUGUUUGAGUUCUCCUCCGACCCGCUCCUACCCUGCUACCACGUCCAAGUAUCACUAACACAGGGGUUUUGUAACUGGUUCUUACUGGCAGACGUGCUGAAGCGGCUAAAGAUGUCAGCGCGUAUUUUCAGGGCUCGCUACCCUCAGUUUGAGGUGGUGAGCAUCGCUCAGGCAGAGCUGUGGAAGCAGGUCUCUGUCAGUCAAACGUGCAUCGCUCCAGAUGAGCUCCAACUGGACGAUGAAGACAGGGAGGAGACGGUGGAGCUGGUGCGCUGUGUACCAGAGUUACAGGGACUGCUAGGUUCCUCCAUACAGAUCGUCCGAAAAGAUGAGGACGACAAGUCAGGGCCCAAUGCCAGACCUUGCAGUCGAUAGCGACUCCUGCCCUGCAUCUCCUGCUCUACAGCCAUGUGAUCUGAACGGAGGGCAGCGAGGUGCACGGGUCCUUGCCAUUGCAUCCGAUGGCCUGUUGCCAGUACCAGCACUUUGUAUGUUCAGAAUCAGCCAGAUAGGUCCUAUAUCCUCACAGACUCCCUGAGUAAUGAAAGGGGCCCUAGGGAGCGUCUUUGCCAAGCCCUCGCCCCAGGGAGAAAGGCUGGGGACAGACUCCACUGGGGAGCAACUUUCAGGUUCCUUCUGUGUAGGGUUUUGUUUUUACACUCUUCAAUAAUUAUUUUUAUUUUUUUUACAAACCUAUAUGUAUAAGUAAAUAUAUAUGUAUAUCUUGACAUCAGGGUGAACGCAUCUGGUUGUAACUUAUCAUUAACAUGUUUUUAUGUGUGUUUGAUAUUGACGGUCCUUUAGAAGGAGUGGUAAUCCAAGUCUUUUUUUAUCUUGGUAAAACUAAAUGUGUGUAGCUAAGAGGCUUACGUCAAGCUAACAGUGACAGGAAUGCCUUUGGGCCAGAUGGUUCCUGUGUAAACCAUCCAGCCACUCUCGGCUCCCAGAAGCCCCCUAACCUACAGCAUAUGUUCCUCACCCCGGCCCUCCUUACCUCAGCACCACUGCAGCUCUGCCAGAAACAUUACACCUUCCCUUUAUUUCAUUUGUAUCGUAGCAGGCACGGGAUGUGUUCCUGUGACUUUUACUUUGGUUGAUGAGCUGUUGGUUUUAUCCACUGUUAGAAUUUUUCAGAUAUCAGCAGGUAUCAGCCGAUAUCAACCAUUUAAGUUAUGAACAAAAAACAAGCCCGUGGAGUCUUUUUUUUUUUAAGGUUUUUCUAGGGCCAUUUUUCUAGAUUCCAUCUUGAACUGCUGUCCAGUGGUCAUGGAAGGUGUCGUCUCCCAGUUUUUCUUGGUGUACCAGAAUUCAGCGUGGUGUGUUUUAUUUACACUGAUUGUUGUUUGUGCUUAAUUUAAUAGUCAUUAAUAUAUUUGACCUUUUUUGCGUGUAUCAGAAAAUUAUGUAUGAAAAUUGCUUUUUAUGGUUGGUGCUUUAUUUGACAAUGUACAUAUAAUGAUAUCUUUAUCCUGAGUUUGUUUUGUUUUCCCACACUGCGAACAGUAUUUUAACAAGCUAAAGUACAGUUUUAUUGUACUGGUGCUAAGCUAGAUUUUGUGUUGACAAUCAACGAAGUUUUGUUUGAACUGAAACCAAUAAAUAUUUAAAUGAAGAGAGAGAUGUAAAGAUAGAGUUUAGUUUCACUACUUAUACAGCGAGACAUGAAGAAAGUACUUGGUUUUGACUGAAGAAGGCAUAUUGCUUCAGUGAUCUCUUUACAAAGAGGAGAGUUGUUUAUUUGAUUCCUUUUUUUUUUAAGAAAUCAACCAGAAUAAAGCAUGAUUGUCAAGUGUU